AUGGCCAGCAUCGUCAACUAUGCCUCUGUGAAUUAUUUGCGGUUUGGAGCACUUGGACUCGGUCUCUACUGGGGCCUCUCACGACAAGGCUCUCUCACGGAAUUCGUCAAGAAGAGGCAUGAAGCUGAACAUAAGGCACAUCAAGAUGAACUCGUCGACGAAGCAAGACAGGCAUACGAACAUGCUGAAAACAGAAGAAUGUCUGAAUUGGCCCUCAAGGAUGGAGUGAUUUCUGACCCUGACUCGUACCGAUUCAAUGCUGAACGUUGGUUGAACUGGACUUUGGCCUACUAUGAAGGUUCAAAAACUGCUGAACCCAAGAAAUAA